GGAGCUGGAGAAUUUUGAAAAAAAUGGAGAAGGAGGUCGACGAGUCUUGUUCGAUAUUCUUAAGGAAUGGACGUCAGCCUCAUUUCAUCGACAAGUCAGAGACACCAGCCCUCCGGGCUGCUCCUGGCAGAGCUUGGCUAUGGCUUUCCAAGAAGCGCAGGGGUCUGGUGAAGUGACAGAUGUUGAAAAAAAAAUGCGAAGAUUGCUGGUCCAAGCUUACGGCUCACUGUCAAAAGAACAAUGCAGAUCUGUCGCAGAAGAAAAGCUGAAGUGUCGUCUCUCUUUUUUUCAUCAAACCAAAUAUCGAAAAGUGGAUCGGGUUUUGGAACAUUGGAACUGGUACUUGUAUUGCUUGACAUUUUGCAGCCAGUCCUUUAGCGACCAACGUAGGUGGGCAAACACACUAGAGGAACCUGUUCAAGGCGUUUUCGUUGUUCGGAUGCCAUUGGACUCCGUCGACCUCUACUUUUUUGCAAAGCUCUUAAGACUGCAAAUUUUGCUUCUGCAGUUUUGCGAGAAGGCGCUUCGAUUUGGGGACAACGGCGUGACCUUGCACUUGGUCACCUAUGGGGGCAUGUGGGCGCCACUGCUCUCCACCAAAUUGUGGCUGCAAGAGAAAGCAGAUUUGUCUGGCAGCAUCGUUCAAAUCGACAGUUCGUUAAAAGGUUCUCUGGCCCCCUUUGCGGGAAAGACUGCUUGUGUCCUCGGCUAUGAUGUGGACAAAGACUACCACAUCGCUGCUACCACACGGCUAUUUCCACUGAAGAGUGUGCAGAUCAGCGAAAUCAUCGCACGCAGUGAAGACAGGAACAUCACUUUUUGGAGGCAUCACAGUCGUCAUGAUGAACCACCUCUGCGUGGCAUUCCAGACAAAGCAGUGGAAUUUCAGAUCCUGCUGCAUUUGCUGCGCCUUGAAGUUGGACAGCGCUUGGAAGACCUGCAUGAAGUGAUGGCUGGACGGUGCCCCAGGCCAGAGCUUCAGGAGGAUUUGGCACCCUGGGAAGACUUCGUGUCUGGACGGGCAGUACAGAACUCAGACAGUCGAGACAGUCUUUGGGCUUCCUCCCUGCCACUGCAAGAGGUUGUAGCCAUGCUGUUUGAAGGCAAAGGAGUCUGGACGAAGUGUUUGGUGCCAGUUGGCCCGCAGCCAGACAAAGUCGAUUUCCUAACGUGCAGAGUUCAAGAUUUUAUUUGCCUGAAACAGGUGGUGGAGGUGGUGGAUGAGCAUGACGACAAGUUUUCAGAAGUGACGUUUUUGGCUCAUACGGCGUCGGAUAAACAGGCCAAACUUCUUUCCAGUGAUGCUGUUUGCUCAUGGCUGGUGCUGCAUAAUUUCCUUCCUGAUCAAAGUCAUCAGCGAUUUCGUCAGCUUGUCAAGCUUCAUAAGGGAGAUACGGCCAUUGUCACGGAACGAAGACGGGGCAAGUGGAAUGGUUGGGCCAAAGGCAGUGUCAUUGCAAGCUCCCAAUCCAUCCAAUCCGAUGACUUUGGUGAAGGAGAUUUUAAGUUGGCGUUGCUCAGACCCCAGAUUUGGAUUGCUCGGAUUGAAGCUCAGAGAUACCCGAAAAAAGUGGAGUCUGGGAUGUAGA